GCUGCUACAAUUUAGUCUGUCCAGGCUUCGUUCAAAUCAACCGUAGAAUCGCCCUUGGAGCUACAAUUGCUCCAACUUCCUCCUACAACGGCACCCAAUUCGAUAUCAGCUUACUGGUUUGGAAGGAUCCGAAGCACGGGGAUUGGUGGUUGGAAUACGGGUCGGGUGUGGUGAUCGGGUACUGGCCGGCGUUGUUGUUCACUCACCUUCGAAGCCACGCAACGAAGACACAGUUUGGCGGAGAGGUGGUGAAUAAGAGGUCGUGGGGAUUUCACACGGCGACGGAAAUGGGGAGUGGGCAUUUCGCCGGCGAGGGGUUCCGAAAAGCUGCUUAUUUUCGUAAUAUGAAGGUUGUGAAUUUGGAUAAUAGGUUGAUUCCAUUGUCGGAUUUGAAGUUUAAGAAAUUGAAGCUUAUUCAAGCUGAUCUUAACCGAAUCAACAAGUUCCCUGUCAAAACCAUUCAGAGUCCGGAUGGUGACUUUAUAGAUUGUGUUGAAACUCAUCGGCAGCUAGCUUUUGAUCAUCCAUUGCUCAAAGGAAAGAAGCCAUUGGAUCCGCCGGAGAGACCGUAUAACCAGAGCCAUUCCGGUGAGGUGGAGACGGAAGUGUUCCAAUUAUGGAGCAUGUCCGGAGAAUUCUGCCCAGAGGGGACAGUUCCGAUAAGAAGAACGACAGAAGAGGAUAUGUUGAGAGCGAGUUCGGUUCAGAGAUUUGGAAGAAAAGCGAGCGGAGACUCUCCCAGCAAAGGCCAUGAGUAUGCAGUGGGGUUUGUAGGUGGAGGACAGUACUACGGAGCCCAGGCAAGAAUGACGGUAUGGAAGCCGCGAGUCAACUACCCAUUCGAGUUCAGCCUCUCACAGAUAUGGCUCGUCUCCGGCACAUUGCCACAUGAUCUCAACAACAUUGAAGCUGGGUGGCAGGUUUACCCGAAGAUGUAUGGAGACAACAAUCCAAGAUUCUUCACUUAUUGGACAUCCGACGCAUACCAAGCAACAGGCUGCUACAAUUUAGUCUGUCCAGGCUUCGUUCAAAUCAACCGUAGAAUCGCCCUUGGAGCUACAAUUGCUCCAACUUCCUCCUACAACGGCACCCAAUUCGAUAUCAGCUUACUGGUUUGGAAGGAUCCGAAGCACGGGGAUUGGUGGUUGGAAUACGGGUCGGGUGUGGUGAUCGGGUACUGGCCGGCGUUGUUGUUCACUCACCUUCGAAGCCACGCAACGAAGACACAGUUUGGCGGAGAGGUGGUGAAUAAGAGGUCGUGGGGAUUUCACACGGCGACGGAAAUGGGGAGUGGGCAUUUCGCCGGCGAGGGGUUCCGAAAAGCUGCUUAUUUUCGUAAUAUGAAGGUUGUGAAUUUGGAUAAUAGGUUGAUUCCAUUGUCGGAUUUGAAGGUUUGGGCAGAUAAGCCAAAUUGCUAUAAUAUUCAACCUCGAAAUGAUAGAGUUUGGGGAAAUUACUUUUACUAUGGAGGGCCGGGAAGAAAUGUGAAGUGCCCUUAA